UUGCCCCACGCUGUCGGUGGGAGCAGCUAAUGUAAGCGUCGAGUGCGCAGUGGACGCUCACCCGCCCCCUACGCGCUUCUCCUGGAGCCUCAACACAAGUCAGGGCGUGACGAUCCUCAAGCCUGACGCCGCGGUUCGUGCGUCAGGCGGCGUGUCGACCAUCACGCGCACGACACCUUCAGACCUACUGCAGGAGGAGCUGUUGUGUUGGGCGUCCAACGAAAUAGGCACGACGAGCAAACCUUGUGUCACGCAACUCGUCGCUGCUGGCGAGCCUGGGAGCGUGGAGCGCUGCAGUGUGCACAACCGCACGCCGUCGAGCCUCCACGUGACCUGCCGGCCCGCCACCUCCAGCGCCGGCAGAUACUACAUGGCGGUGGUGGAGGAACCAGUUUCCGGACGAGUGGUAGCCAACAUCUCAUCCGAGAGUCCGGAUUUCAUCAUCCGGCCUCUGGACCCGGACCCUGACUACGCCGUGCGCGUGUUCUCCGUGAACGUCAGGGGCAGGUCGCUGCCGUACCUCCUCGAGAGCUUCUCGCUCAAAGUCGCCGAAAAUCGGAUGGAUGCUGACACAGCGCCUUCAGGAACAGCAUCGCCUCUGCUGGCAGGGAUCAUCGGGAGUGUCGGCGUACUGCUGGCACUGCUGACCACUUCACUGCUGGCAGCUACACUGAGACGGUACAGAGCUCGCAGGCUGACAGCAGGGCGCGCUGUCAGUCUACCGUCUGACUGUGCAGAUAAGGAGACAGCUGACGGCAUCUCUGUCAACGGCGAUACCACCCCGGGCGAGUAUUCAUCAGGCUCGCUGGCGGGAGGAAGUCACCUGCUCUUGCCUGUGCAAGGCAAAGGCGACCGGAGAAGCUCGAGUUCUGGAGGCAUGCAAGAUUUUUGUCGGGAGUUUGCCCACUUAGAGUCCAGCGCUGCAGAGACUCCUACACCUGCUGUCGUCCAGCCUGAACGCAGUAUCGAAAUCGGCCGCAAUGCGACACUCAGUUCUGGGAAUCAAGAUUCAACCGAGAGCAACCCUGCCUUGUACUCUUGUGGUUACCGGUACAUCAGAAGAGGAAGCGAAUUUACUUGCAAUGAUAUCUUAAACAGAAACGAAAUACCUCAAGGCACUGAGCAACGCCGUGUUGGCUUUCGGUUCGUUGAGUCCUUACUCGAACAAGACCGUGCAGAAGAAUGCGGAUCUUUAGAUAGACGUUUGAUGUCAUCUCGUAUCAAAGACCUUCGCAAAGAAAUUGGUAUCAACGAUGACGUCACGUGGAAGUCUCCAGGUCACAGUACAGGUGAUUCACAGUAUGCUUUCGUAGACUCAUCGAGAGUUUCGCCUUACCACGAUCAUGAUGUCGUCAAUAACCUGUUGAAUAGCUAUAAGUUAGUCUACAGACCUUCAGCUGGUCUUAGCAGUAAUUAUUACGAUUCUUCAUCAACAAGUUUAGUGCCCAGGGCCUCUCAGAACCACCUAGAGUCACCCAGAGUCUCUGGUACGUUAGAGUCUCCUGAAAAAUUGACUCCGACUCGGGUGCCUCCCUUGGCGCGUCGUGAUGGAGUAACGGCCAGCGGGUGUACGAGAAGGACUGACGAGAGCUACGUUUAAUUAAAAAAUUUAAUACGUACAUAAUGACGGUAAAAAGCUUGCUGGCUCAUUUUUUCAUACUUUUAAAGUUAUUUUUAUGAAAUAAACUGACCGAGGAGGUUGCUACUUGUCACUUGUAAAUGUAUUGCAUAAUGGCAAGGAUUUUCUCAGACGGGGUAAAAGGAAGAUUGGUAUCCAUUGUCAUUAAUGAAUUUUUUGAAGGCCUUAAUUGUCUCUAGCUUUUUUUUGUAUCUAUCAAGUGUCAAUUUCGUUCAAUUUGUGCAAUGUUAUACAUCUUUGAUCAAAGCUCUUAACUUUUUAACGUGAUAUUUAAUUAAUAAAAUGCCAAUCAGCGCGAAUUUCACUUGGUCGGGCCUCAGUGUUUGGCAUGUCAUUGCCAUUUCCUAAAUUUUAUCGGGAUCAAUUAAAUUAAUAACGAAGCUUUACGCUUAAUAAUCUAUACUGGCAGUCAUUUUGUGCUGUGACACAAAAAUAGUUGCUAGAUUUAUGAUGAAAUUCUAACUUGCAGAGGUGAUUUUUAUAAUUUCUUUCUUC